UUUUCUUCGAUUUUUUCUGCAGGUUUUUUAUUCGUUGAUGUCGUGCCUCUUUACAAAGGGCAUGGCCUUAUUAAAUUUCAGUGAGCGGCGAUAUGAAACCUUUUUUGUGUCUUGCGAUCAUUUCCAUGACUUCGUCCGUUGGAUCAACUCCGUCCCGUCAGUUUCGUGAUAUUUUGCAUGUGCGUGAGGAUGAGUUCGAAACGAAGUACUCAUACUUUGCGGAGUCGGAAAGACUCCGUAUGGUGCAAGCCGCAAAAGAGAUGUUUUAUUUUGGUUACGACAACUACAUGACUCACGCCUUCCCUCUAGACGAACUCAAUCCCAUCCUCUGCUCUGGAAGAGGUCCAGACUACGAAAAUCCAUCCAAUAUCAAUAUCAAUGACGUUCUUGGAGAUUAUUCACUUUCACUUUUGGAAUCUCUCGGUACGUUGGCGAUCAUGGGAAAUUCUACAGAAUUCCGAAGAGCUGUUGGAUUGGUUAUACAGCACGUGAGCUUCAAUAAAAACAACACCGUUCAAGUGUUUGAAGCCUCUAUACGUGUGUUGGGUUCUUUACUCUCCGCUCAUUUGCUCAUUGAGGAAAGUGGCGACGCUUUCGGUGAUCUACGACCGUCAUACUACGACGGCGAAUUGUUGGAACUUGCUUUGGACCUUGGAUCGCGACUUCUAAAUGCUUUCGACGGAACGAAAACUGGACUACCUUAUCCAAGAGUGAAUCUGUGGGGCGGAGCGCCACAAAAUCAAAGAACUGAUACAUGUACAGCAGGAGCAGGUUCACUGUUGCUUGAAUGGGGCAUUCUCAGCAGGCUUUCUGGUGAUCCGUCUUAUGAAUUUGCUGCCCGUAGAAGCUCACGAAUCCUUUUCAAUUUACGAGCGAAAUCAACUGGUCUUUUGGGAAAUGUUGUCGAUGUGAUGAGUGGACAGUGGAUAAGCAGGAUGAGUGGCGUUGGGGCUGGAAUGGACUCUUACUUCGAAUAUUUAUUAAAGUCUUACAUUCUCUUUGGAGAGCGUGAAGAUUGGCUGAUGUUCAACGCAUCGUAUACCGAUUUAAAACGUUACCUUCGACGUGGGAGAUCUCAUUGUAAUAACGGUUUCGGAGAUCAUCCUAUUUACGUCAAUGUGGAUAUGAGCAAUGGAUUGACCUCCACCCCCUGGAUUGAUUCAUUGCAAGCUGCGUUCCCAGGAAUCCAGGUUCUAGCUGGUGAUGUGGAAGAAGCGAUUUGCGCGCAUGCCUUGUACUACACGAUAUGGAAACUGUAUGGAGCGCUUCCCGAAAGGUUCAAUUGGCAGAAAAUUGCGCCGGAAGUGCACUUCUAUCCGCUCAGGCCUGAACUAGUCGAAUCCACGUAUCUCUUGUAUCAAGUCACGAAGAAUCCGUUCUAUCUUCAUGUUGGGAAGGAUAUCCUUGUGAGUUUGAACGCCCAUACGAAAGUCAAAUGCGGGUAUGCAACGGUGCAUAACGUGCUGGAUAUGACACUUGAGGAUAGGAUGGAAAGUUUUUUCUUAUCCGAAACAUGCAAAUACUUGUAUCUUCUGUUCGACACGGAUCACUAUGUGAAUAAAAAUUUUCGGGACUUCCUGUUUUCCACCGAGGGGCAUAUAUUUCGUAUUCGGCCUGAGUACCGCCAGCUUCCGUGGAGUGAUCAUUGGAAAAGUCCAGACGAAGAAAGCGUCUCCGCGCAAGAGAAAGAAAUGCCGAUAAAUUCUACGGAGCACUCCACGUGCAACAAAAUUUCGCCGGAGCGACAGUACUUGCCCCCACUGAAGAGCAAAUAUGCAGCUCAAUUGAGAGUAGCGUUGGGCUUGGAUUUCUGA